UGAAAAACAAUCGCACAACAGUGUCUUUCUUCUUCCGUUUUCACAACUAACGUUAAUUUAGCGACAUUUUCUUAAAAAAGGAUCAAAUAUAAUCGUAAACACUCGAAUUCUGUUCGCAUCGGCGCGCUCUGAGCACGUCAGCGGUCGCGUCGCGUCCCUUUUGCGUCACUCGCUCUGGCGCCAUCUUUGCUACCGGUGCGCGCCGGAGCGACACGCGCUGUUCGUCUGUUCGCACAGAAAGAAGACUUUCUACGCUUAUUAACGCGUUAUACUGCGCUGUUCGCAUCAGCGAGAGUGAGAUCUAGACCUCCUCGGUUCCUUUAGAUCAGCGUCGCCGGUGUGCGACAUCAAACCAGCCAAAUGGCCGACAAGAACACCAGAAUCGCUAUUGUGAACCAUGACAAGUGUAAGCCUAAGAAAUGCCGCCAAGAGUGCAAGAAGAGCUGUCCGGUAGUGCGCAUGGGAAAGCUGUGUAUCGAGGUCACACCUCAGAGUAAAAUCGCCUGGAUCUCAGAGUCUCUCUGCAUUGGAUGUGGAAUCUGUGUCAAGAAAUGUCCAUUUGGUGCUAUUUCAAUCGUGAACCUGCCAAGCAACCUGGAGAAGGAAACCACACACAGAUACUGUGCCAAUUCCUUCAAGCUCCACAGGUUGCCCAUCCCUCGUCCGGGUGAGGUGCUGGGACUCGUGGGUACUAACGGUAUCGGAAAAUCCACUGCUCUGAAAAUCCUGGCGGGAAAACAGAAACCAAACCUGGGGAGAUUCGAUGCUCCUCCUGACUGGCAGGAGAUCCUGGCGUAUUUCCGUGGCUCCGAGCUGCAGAACUACUUCACCAAGAUCCUGGAAGACGAUCUGAAGGCCAUCGUGAAGCCGCAGUAUGUCGAUCAGAUCCCCAAAACCGUUAAGGGGUCAGUAGGCUCCAUCCUCAGCAGGAAGGACGACACCAAGUCAGAAGAGGUGGUGUGUGAACAGCUGGAUUUGUUGCACUUGCGUGAUCGUAAUGUUGAGGAUCUGUCAGGAGGAGAGCUGCAGAGAUUCGCCUGCGCGGUUGUCUGCAUUCAGAGAGCUGAUAUUUUCAUGUUCGACGAGCCGUCCAGUUAUCUCGAUGUGAAACAGAGGCUGAGAGCUGCCAUCACCAUCCGCUCCCUCAUCUCUCCAGACAGGUACAUCAUUGUGGUGGAGCACGACUUGAGUGUACUGGAUUACCUGUCAGACUUCAUCUGCUGUCUGUAUGGCGUUCCCAGCGUUUACGGUGUGGUGACCAUGCCCUUCAGCGUCCGGGAAGGGAUCAAUAUUUUCUUGGAUGGCUUCGUGCCGACAGAGAACCUGCGCUUUAGGGAGACGUCUCUGGUGUUUAAAGUGGCUGAGACGGCCACUGAGGAGGAAGUGAAGAAAAUGUGCCGCUAUCAGUACCCCAACAUGAAGAAGUGCAUGGGCGAGUUCUCGCUCACCAUCACGGAAGGAGAGUUCACCGACUCCGAGAUCAUGGUCAUGCUGGGAGAGAACGGAACUGGGAAAACCACGUUCAUCAGAAUGCUUGCAGGAGGCCUCAAACCAGACGCAGGAGGUGAGGUGCCUAUCCUGAACGUGAGCUACAAACCACAGAAGAUCAGCCCCAAAUUUAAAGGCAGCGUUCGAGCCCUGCUGCACGAUAAGAUCAGAGACGCGUACACACACCCUCAGUUCGUCACUGACGUUAUGAAGCCCAUGCAGAUUGAAAGCAUCAUCGACCAGGACAUCCAGAAUCUGUCUGGCGGUGAGCUGCAGCGUGUGGCUUUGGCUCUGUGUUUAGGAAAACCUGCGGAUGUGUAUCUGAUCGACGAGCCGUCUGCGUAUCUGGACUCUGAGCAGCGUCUGAUGGCUGCCAGGGUCAUCAAACGAUUCAUCCUUCACGCAAAGAAGACAGCAUUUGUGGUGGAGCACGACUUCAUCAUGGCCACUUACCUGGCGGACCGAGUCAUCGUCUUCGACGGAAUUCCAUCCAGAAGCACUACCGCCAAUACUCCACAGACUCUGUUGGCUGGCAUGAAUAAGUUUUUAUCGCAGCUGGAGAUCACGUUCAGAAGAGACCCAAACAACUUCAGACCAAGAAUUAACAAACUCAAUUCCAUUAAGGAUGUGGAACAAAAGAAGAGUGGAAACUACUUCUUCCUGGAUGACUGAAGGUUCUAUUUCACAGAAUUCCAUAAAUUUAGCCGCUCAAUAUGACAUCAGACCAGCGAACGCUGGCAUUGUGGACUUAAAUGUUUACUGAAUUAUCGCCACCAUCACCACUUCAAACAUACAGCUCUACUCCUCUCCUCUUGGCCAUUGGUAUGAUUCCACAAAGAGACGAGAUGGAUCCUCUGAGAUGAGGAGAGGACAUUAUUUGAGAAUAAAACCUUGACAAAUGUAUGUUUUUGGGUGAAUUAUCGUUAUUAACAACUGAAGUUCUUUCUGGUCACAAAGUAGUGGGAACCAAUUUACACAUGCCAAACAUGCAACUGUAUGUUUUGAAUAAAAUAUUUGAAUCAUGUUACACGAUGUGUUACAUAUUAAAUAACCAGAUUUCUCAAGAUUAGGCUUUUGCCUUCGGCAGUCUUGUAAAGAUGCAACUGAAACCGUUCGAUAUUAAAACGCACUACCAGCUACACAAAACCUGUUGUGUCAAUGAUAUUGGGUGACAAGUCUGUGCAGCGAGAUUGUUUUGGAGUAAACUGACUUUAAAUGGAAAGACUGCAACUGAGGAAGAUUGGCUUGUAUUUGGUGUCACAACUACAUGUACUUCCCUUACAUGAAGGGAAUUGCAGUUAAAAUUGGCUUGAUGUUCUUUAGCUUUUGUUUGGUGUAGUUUGGACAUCUUUCUGUAUGUACUUUAUUUCCUCUGAUAAGAGCAUAUUUGACACAAAU